AUGAAAAUUUGGUUACCUGCACAAGAGUGCACACUGCUGCCCGCAAGUUUUAUACGUAAUCCGCACAUUCCGCGGAUGGAGGAAGAUGUGUUGUAUCACCUUGGAUUGGGCACAAAGUCACAUAAUUUGCCAGCAAUGUUUGGUGAUGUCAAGUUCGUCAUAGUCGGUGGCACUCCGAAAAGGAUGGAAAAGCUAGCGAUCUACCUGAUGGGAGAAAUUAAACACAAACUUGCCGCCGGCACACAGCUGUCUGAUAUAAGUGAAAUUGCAGAUCGCUACUCAAUGUACAAAGUGGGACCGAUACUUUGUGUUAAUCAUGGCAUGGGCAAUCCCUCAAUAAGCAUUCUAUUGCACGAAUUGAUCAAACUUAUGCACUAUGCCAGGUGUAAGGAUCCAGUAUUUAUACGUAUGGGUACGUGUGGGGGAUUGGGUAUUCCAGGUGGUAGUGUCGUCAUCUCCGAUGGGGUGCUUAACGACAAGUUAAAUGCCGAACACGAAUUUAAAAUUUUGGGCAACGUCGUACCGCGACCCGCCAGGUUGGAUCUCACUUUGGCGCGGGAACUCAAUUCAUUAGCCUCUCCAAGGGAUGGUUUUCAAACAGUCAUAGGAAAAACUUACUGUGCUGAUGACUUCUAUGAAGGACAAGGACGUUUGGAUGGUGCAUUUUGCGACUACAAAGAGAUCGACAAGUUGAAUUGGUUGAAAUUGCUGAACGAAAGAGGUGUUAUAAACAUUGAAAUGGAAAGCUCAAUGUUUGCGGCGUUAACCGACUUUGCUGGCAUUAAGGCGGCCAUAAUUUGCGUUGCUAUUCUAAAUCGGCUUAACGGUGACCAGAUAAAGGAAAGUAAGGAAACACUUAUGGAAUGGCAAGAGCGCCCUGGCAAAUUGAUUGCACGUUUUAUACGUAAACGACUAGAUAUUCGUGAGAAUGGUGGUCAAUCACCAUUGAGUGCAGUACCAGUACAGCCACAAUCACCGAUAACCACAGUACCAAUAAGACCGCAAAAUCCAACAAGUACAACAACAAUAAAAUCGCAAACGGAAUAAAUGCCGCAAUCGCAAUCGGUAAUGGCAAAAGGGCUACAUAGCACAAAAAGAGCCGGCUCAAAGCUCAGCUCCACUUCUCAAACCCAUCGACCUUCGUUUUGACAUAAACAAAAAAUGAAAAAAAUGUUCUUAAUUCUUAAAAUACUAGCUAGAGACGGGAGAUGGAAUCAGUUUUGGUAGAAAGUUUAUUUUUUAAAUAUGUAUAAAAAUCAAUAGCAUAAUUUAAAAAAUUGUAACUGUUAGUCGAAAAUAGAUCGCUCAGUAGAAG